CCGAACAGCUGCAGAGUGGGGAUGACAUGGAGAUGAGGGGAAGGUGAUAGUGACCGCCGCGCUGUAUCGUGCCGCCUGAGAGAACUUGUCCCCUGCUUGUAUCAUACCUGAGAUUUGAAGGCUAGGAAGUGGUGCCACCAGUGGUUAGAGCUCGAGACUCUUGUUGAGAGACACAUGGGAUGGAGGUUAAAUUUUUCUCGUGGUGGAUCAUUGUUGUUGCAUAUUAGUUGCUGAGUAUUUUUUUGAGAUGGGAAAGAAUAAAAAAACCAGGAAGGUAGUGCUGCAGAGGUUUGCGAAGAUGAAGAAGAUGAUCAGUCCUAGUGACUCCAGAAUAAAAGAAGAUAAGAGAGCACCUCCCAGGAAGAAAAAACCUGAAGAUCCAACAGAAAUGAAAGUCAGAGAGGCGCCACAACAAUCGUCAGCCCUUUUCUUCCAAUACAACACGCAGUUAGGUCCCCCCUAUCACAUCUUGAUCGACACGAACUUCGUAAAUUUUUCAAUAAAAAAUAAACUCGAUAUAAUUCAAAACAUGAUGGAGUGCCUCUACGCUAAAUGCAUUCCUUACGUUACGGACUGCGUGAUGGGGGAGUUGGAGAAGCUAGGACAAAAAUACAAGAUUGCACUGAGAAUCAUCAAAGAUCCGAGGUUCGAGAGGCUACAUUGCAUGCACAAGGGAACAUACGCCGACGAUUGUUUGGUGAAUAGAGUGACACAACACAAGUGCUACAUUGUGGCGACUAAUGAUAAAGACUUGAAGAGUAGGAUAAGAAAAAUACCAGGUGUCCCCAUUAUGUAUGUAUCACAGCAUCGAUAUACCAUUGAGAGAAUGCCUGACGCCUAUGGUGCACCCAAAUAAUCAUUCCGGUACAUCUGCGUCUGCUGAGAUUGGUGGCAAAAUGCGUUUUACUUUCGCUUCCCCCUGGGGCUGUGCUAGACUGAUAUAGCAGCAGCUCGAGAAAAUGCAAUGCCUUUAAUUGUCGGUCAGCAUUAGAGACCCAGUGAUUUUUUUCACCUCUUUUCAACGUGGGUCUAAUCGCAACGAUGAAAUCUCUUGAUCGACACUGAAUUGCGAUGGCAAUCCCAAGAAUCGAUCACACUGAUUAUUGCCAGCCUGUUAUUAAACCUGAAUUGAAAAGAGCAGGAUUAAAAAUGAAUGAUUGAAAGGGAGAAAAAUUGUAUGAAACUUUGUGAGACAUGUCGUGAGUUCUUUGAAAAGAGUAAGAAUGAAUGUGGGACUGGUGGAUAAAAGGAGGGCUAACCGGUGGGGGCAAACGGUCAAACAUCGCUGAGGAAGCACCGAUCAUCCAUCAUAACCGAGAAAAUAUGACCACUGUUCGACCCAGACCCUCCCUCCACUAGACGUGAUUGAAAAGCUGAAGUAUUGCCACUAUUUUUUCACAUUUUUAUUCAUGACGAGUCAAAUCCUUGCCGAUACAGUCAUACCGAUCAACCUAUUCCGUCACCCUAUUCCACAUUUUUCCAUUAAUUUCCACUGAGAUUUUCCCUCAAAUUACAGGGGGUACAGGAACGCGGAAAAUCUUUAAAACAGAACGUUUUCAAAAUAAUUCAUUAAAAUAAUCAGCC